GAUAAUUCCCUUGGAGUUGAGACUAUUAGUAGCAUCUCGCCAUUUAAGAACUGGAGCACCUGCUGUUCCACGUCGUCGUGUCCUUUUUUUAUUUUUCCAUCUCUGCAUCAGUCUUGAAGUUUUAGUGAAAGGUCGAGAUCUGUCUUGGAAAAAAGAGUUUAUCCACUUGAGAAAGAUAUUCGUCACUCGUUGUUAUAUCUAAAAGGCUGUGCCCGGGAUAUAUUUAUCUAUCUAUCGACCAGUCUUUUACCAUCGAGAUAUUUAUAUCUAUCAACUACCAACUACUACUUUCGUUAUUAAAGAUUCUUCGAAAGUAAUAUCAUAUCUAUCCUAAUAACUUCUUCAUCUUCUCAAUACACAAGUCACAUACUCGACUCAAUACAACACACACAUCACAUCACAUCACACCACACCACACCACUCAAUACCAAUCACCAACCACCAACCACCAACUUCAAUCAUGCGUUCUUUCUCCAUCUCCAGCAUUCGCGGAUCCUUCCGUCGUUCCUCAUCUCCUUCCUCCAUCAACUCCAACACAUCCACAAGCCGAGACUCAUACACCUCGCAAUCCUCCACCAGUCCCGUCGACACCAUCAAUUCCAUCAUGCACCGACAGCCCUCGAUGCAAGAUCUAGAAGAGGAGAAGAGAAGUUUCGGAAGCGGCUUGGAGAUUAUGGAACCCAGACCGAUUGUUUACUGGGGAGGCAUGGAGGAGAGAUUGGGGAGAUUUUAGAGAGAAAGUCGUGGACGCAGUGCUCAGAUGAUGGAUGUGGAUAUGAAUGAAAAGGAAAACAAAACAAAGCAAAGCAGAAUGGGAUGGGUGCAAUGGGAUUGUGGGAGAGGUCUUCAAUUUCAUUCCUCAAUGGCGUUUAUGAAUGAUUAUGGACGGACGGAUGGAUGGAGAAAUGGUUUUUGGAGAACCUGUUAUUCUUCUUGAAAAUAUGGAUUUUGGGGCGUUGGUUUCCAUGACGGAUGGAUGGAUGGAUUUGCUUCUCACGAUUGACAAUUCUUUCCAUUUCAACACACACAAAAUUGGUGGUUCGAGUUCGAUCAGGUCGUCGAUGAUUUUUAUCUUUUUUUGGCUUCCUUGGAUGGAAAUAUUUAUAUUGUAAUAGUCUUAUCUUUUCUUCCUUUUACGAAAAUUGAUGGAUGGAUGGAUGGAUGGAUACAAUUGAAUAGAGCACAGUGCAAUCGAUAUAAGAAAAAAAAUCACAAAAUACAAUACAAUUAUUCCCA